CACCCACCAGGCCACCGCUCCCCCCUACUUUUCUCCCCUUUUCUCCGCUUCUUCUUCCUCCCCCGGCCUCUCCUCCUCCUCUCCCUUCCUGGCCUUCUCCAACCGAGAAGAAGGGGAUCUUCAAUCCUUAAAAAAAAAAAUUCUUUUCUUUUCCAAGAAGGGGAUCUUUCUUGCCCUAGAGGAGGAGGCGAGGACAAGAUGGGCGGGCGGGUGGAUCACGAGUACUCGUACCUGUUCAAGAUGGUGCUCAUCGGCGACAGCGGCGUUGGCAAGUCCAACAUCCUCUCCCGAUUCACACGCAACCACUUCUCUCUCGACUCCAAGUCCACCAUCGGCGUCGAGUUCGCCACCAAGUCCCUGCAGAUGGAAGGCAAAACAAUAAAGGCUCAGAUCUGGGACACGGCCGGCCAGGAGAGGUACCGUGCCAUUACAAGUGCGUAUUACCGGGGUGCCGUAGGGGCUCUCCUUGUGUAUGACAUCACGAAGAGGCAGAGCUUUGAGAACGUGAACAGGUGGCUUCGUGAGCUCCGUGACCAUGCUGACUCCAGCAUUGUGAUCAUGAUGGUCGGUAAUAAGUCUGACCUGACGCAUCUAAGAUCCGUCUCCGAAGAUCAAGGUAAAGCAUUGGCUGAAAAGGAGGGGCUGUUUUUCCUCGAGACAUCGGCUAUGGAGGCUGUAAACGUGGAAGAAGCCUUCCAGACUAUCAUCGCAGAGGUUUACGGCAUUGUCAACAAGAAAGCGCUAGCCGCCAAAGAAGCAGCAGCAGCUGCUGCUCCACUGCCUUCCCAGGGAAAAGCCAUCAGCAUUGACAGCACCGCGGGAAACUCGAAGAGGGCAUGCUGCUCUACUUGAAGUAUAGUUGAGAUUCAGCAUCGUAUUGUAGAGACAGGAGCAAGAAUCGUUGGCAUCUCAGUUUUUUUCAGCAUUUCUUAAAGUUAGUUGUGUGUAUUAGGAUCUGUUUCCAUUUCCGUUAUGAAAGUUACAUGGCACUACAAUAUAUGUCUGGACUAUACAUCGAAGUUUAUAGAAUGCAAGUCUCGUUUGGUUACACUUA